AUGACUUACAAUGGUUUAUUUGUACCAAUAGAGGCUGUUGGAUUCAGCAGAGGUCUUUUGUUAAGGAUCAAGUUGAAUGCAGUAAGUUGUGGCUGGAGUAAGCCAUUUACUGACCUUUAUUGUUUGACCAGGCCUCAGAUUUUGGACUUUUGGAAGACUAGCUUGAGACACCAUGGGACUCGUUUCAAGGUGCCUAACACCCACAGCUCCCACUGGGUGUCAUGCUGCCCACAGGAGAAUGGUGGCCACUCAGCAUUUUUGCAAAUCAGGUCACGAUACUUAAAGAUAAUGAUACUUUCCCGGAAGAUGGUGCGAGAUGCCACUGCCGAGGUAGUGGAAGGAAUGAUCCAGCUCACAGACGUGACUCUCCGUACUCCACUGCAGAGUUUGUCUCAGGAGCAGCUUAUAUCAACUGGUAGUGUAUGGGAGGCUUGUGAACAGAUUUCCCAUCUGCCACAAGAUAACCAGGCAGCAGUCCUGUCAGCCAUGGCCGCCUAUCUGGGUGUGGUCAGGGAUGCGGAGGAGGAAAUGGAGCAGGCUCAGGGGGAAGAUCGGGACCCCUACAGUGACAUCAUGGAGGAUGAGGAGUUGGGCUCUCGGGGCAAUAGGGACACCUACUGGUCUGAGGCUGACCGGAAGCUACUUGGUCCCUGCAUGGGGCUGAUGAAGGCCUCCAAAGCCUGCCUGAAGAAGCUCUUGGGUGCAGUGAAGGUUCACGGCAAAGCAGACACCCCAGAACAGGUGGCUCAGCUAGAUGAUCUUACAGACAUCACCAAUGAGAUCAGCCCGAGUGUUUAUGAGCUGGCACUGAGUAUGUAUCCACCCAUGAACCAGCUGGCUGUGCGACUCAAUGCUGCCAAACUGGCCUCUGUAUUAAAGAAAGUCCUAGAAAUUACAAAGUCAAGCCAUGUGUAUCCCCCAUCAGAGGAAGGCUGGGUUCAGUUUCUCACUGGUGCGGUAGAUCACAACAUAGACAAAAUUAAGGACUUCACACAGAGUGAACUUUAG